AUGGAGACCGUUAAGAACGCCGCCAACUACAUCUCUGAGACCGUUCAGGGCACCGGUGCCGAAGCCUCUAAGGAGACCAACAAGAGCGUCGCCAAGGACAACGACGCAAGCCUCACCAGCCGCGCCACCGCUGCCAAGGAUGCCGUUGUCGACAAGAAAGACGAGAAGUCCCACGAUGCCAAGGCCGAUGUCCACAAGGAGGCCGCUAAGAACUAA